CGAAGGGAAGUAACUCUCCAUACAAUUAUAUUUUUGCUGAAAGAAGUACGGUUUGACAAGGCUGUUGAGAAAAUUUUACAAGUACUUCUUGGAACUGAAGACUCUCUGAGAGGAUGAUGCAAUGUGUAUGCAAGUUAUUUACAUGUUAAUCUACAUCAUCACUGAUUCAGGACUUGUGACGGGCUGUAUUAUUCACAACACGGCAUGUCCAAAGUGGAAGGGAAUGGAGCAGGUCAGCCAACACUGAUAUUGUGCUGACCUGAAACCAAGGAUCAGACGGGGAUGAAUUCAGGAUUCCAUAACAAGUGAAAUCUAGGAGAUAGGAGGCACGGUGAGAUGGGAUGUUCCUGCAAUGAGGAAGACAGACAUUCUGUACAUGUUCUUCAACAAAAGAUCUGGAUGUUCCUACAAUGAGGAAGACAGACAUUCUGUACAUGUUCUUCAACAAAAGAUCUGGAUGUUCCUGCAAUGAGGAAAACGGACAUUCUGUACAUGUUCUUCAACAAAAGAUCUGGAUGUUCCUGCAAUGAGGAAAACGGACAUUCUGUACACGUCUUUCCACAAAAGAUCUGGAUGUUCCUGCAAUGAGGAAAACGGACAUUCUGUACACGUCUCUCCACAAAAGAUCUGGAUGUUCCUGCAAUGAGGAAAACGGACAUUCUGUACGUCUUUCCACAAAAGAUCUGGAUGUUCCUGCAAUGAGGAAGACAGAUGUUCUCUACACGUCCUUCAACAAUAGAUCUGUUUUUGAUGUUCCUGCAAUGAGGAAGACAGAUGUUCUGUACAUGUCUUUCAACAAAAGAUCUGGAUGUUCCUGCAGGUAACCUCUACAAGGACACUGGUAUAUUAUUAUCCCACGGGGCUGGAGUUAUUCAUGGACUAAUGACUCCAGAUAGGGAAAUGUGUCAGUAGUUGGUAGGAAACUAGCAUAUGAUUCUAAAGAUCAGCAUUAUAUUCAUCACCCUAGUGGACCAAGAGCUUGGGUUGUUCAAGAACUUAUUUGGUGCCAAUGUGGAAAUGUAUGAGUAGUUGAUAGGAAACUAGCAUAUGAUUCUAUAGAUCAGCAUUAUAUUCAUCACCCAAGUGGACUAAGCUUGGGUUGUUCAAGAACUUAUUUGGUGCCAAUGUGGAAAUGUAUGAGUAGUUGAUAGGAAACUAGCAUAUGAUUCCAUACAUCAGCAUUAUAUUCAUCACCCUAGUGGACCAAGAGCUUGGGUUAUUCAAGAACUUAUUUGGUGCCAAUGUGGAAAUGUAUGAGUAGUUGAUAGGAUACUAACAUAUGAUUCCAUAGAUCAGCAUUUCAUAUAUCAGUAUGGAGGGAACAGAAGAUGUGGAAGUUCUCCAUCCGUUUGUGGGGAGGGAAGAUUUCCUGCAAGAGUUCUGGAGCCUGUGGAGCAGGUACCGGAUCAUUGGAGUGUUUGGCAUGAGGUCUGUUGGCAAAUCCAGAACAGUUGAAGAAUUCAUCCACCGUAUGAAAUCUGAACAUCCACUUUCAGACUCGGUUCAUCACAUCCUCAUAGAUUUGAAUGCUGUUAGAAGUUUACAGCGUUUCAUUUUCCAAGUCAGAACCGCUUUUGGUUUCUUUGAUGACGACCAGAUUGAUGAAGUCGAAAAGUUGGUGGGAAAUAUUCUAAGCAAGAUGGAGAGUACACCAUCUGUAUUUUAUGUUGUAAACUUCGACAAUGCUGAAGACGUGAUAGAAAGCGAAGUGAAAGCUGACUUUGUGCUGACUUGUGGAAUGCUGAUGGAGAGGUGUAUGAGUUUGAAGAUCGUCUUCACAUCAACUGCCAAAGUGACCUUCCCACGCCAUGCCAGCAUGUACUGCUGGAUGGACCUGCCUCCUCUGUCCCAUGGCGAUGGAGUAGCUCUACUUCACUCUGUCACUCCAAGUGUACAUUACGACCAGGGAAUGAUCGACAAGAUCGUGGAGCUAUGCAUGGGUCUUCCCUUGGCGGUUCUCAUGACAGGCUCUGAGCUGGAGAUAGACAAUGGUUUCUUGAGUCCAGAGCAGAUGGUGGACAUCUUGACUCAGAGUCGGCUGGAGGCUUGUGAUGAUGACUCAGAUGGCACACAUGUCCGUCUCGAUGCCUGGAGCAGAGACUGCAGCUAUGCAGAGGAGGAGCAGAUUGGGCCAGUGUACAGAAACUUCAUCAGAAGGUUGUCUGAGGUGUUCCGCCAAAGACUGGCCGUGCUGGGAUAUAUCCCAGGGUCCUUCACUACAGGACAUGCUCAACGUAUGCUGGAUGAGACAUCCCCUCAGUCCACCAAAGACAUGACACUGUCCCCACUGAUGCGCCGGCACAUGGUACAGUUUGAUGCACCACGACGCAGGUACAACAUCCACGGUAUUCUCAAGGACUGUCUGGAGGUGUACUUCAGCAUAGAGAAUCUCACAGAUGUGCGGAAGCGCUACUGCCAGACCUUCAGCGAGGUGCUGAAUCAGCUAUCGCUGAAGCUGGGGACCAAGGACUACACUGAAGCUGUGGCAGAUUUGGCUAUAGAACAUCCCAACCUUCAGAAACUCAUGGUGGAUGUCAAGCAUUCAAGCCAAGAGACUUACCCCAUCUAUAUCGAGAUGGUGGCAUCCUCGUCAAACGUUAUUGAAAACUUCUUUGGAGGUGAGAGCUACAAAUUCUACACAAAGUGUCUGGAGUUGUGCGAGGUCUAUAACAAACCCAGAGAUGAUGCCAUUGUCAGCGGAGCAUAUGGCAGGGUACUCACCAAUGUCAAGGCAGAUUUUCCUGCAGGAGAGAGGAUGUACGGUCGAGCGCUGGUGUAUGCUGUCAACAACCCCGCUGCUGUCAUGAUGGCGUCUCAGUUGCACCAGAACAUGGGCUGGAAUCUUCACAUGCAAGGGAAGCGGGAAGCUGCCCUAAGACACCUGCAAGAGGCUAAGAACUACCAGAUCAUGCAGGGGAUGUACUAUGAGCCUGUGGUCCUGACUACUCUGUCUGUGCUGGGCGUUGUCAACACUGCCAUCGGAAACUACGAAGAGGGAGAGAAAUACCACCGUGAGUCCUUGAAACGAAGGAUUCACCUCCACGGUGAGAACCACCCCCACAUCGGCAGCGUCUACAACAACAUGGGCAUCCUGUACCUCCAGAAGGGGGAGAUAGAGAAGUCCAACCACUACUACAAGAAGGGACUGGAGGUGAAGAGGGCAACUAACGCCACCCCCAGCGCUAUCAUCAUCUCCCUCAACAACGUGGCCAAUGUCGAGAUCAAGAGCAAGAACUUCGAGGCUGCUGGACAGCUAUUGCAGGAAGCAUCGCAACUUCUAGAGAAGCAUUCGAAGAUAUACAAGUUUGAAGAAGGUCUGACUUUGGAGACCUAUGGCAAACUCUAUCUGGCUAUGGGUGAUCACAACAAUGCAGUGGAAUCCUUUAAGAAAACAGUGGCCAUGAGGCAAGCUGUGGCCUGUGGAUCGGUCACCCAUGUCGAGAGUUUGCUCAGCCUUGGCAAGGCCUACAAAAGGGGAGGCCACCCAGCAAAGGCUAUGGAGGCCUUCGUCGAGGCUUUGACCUACAAAGAGAGUGCUGCAACACAGAUGCCCCAGAAUAGUUUUAUCUGGGAAAGUCUUGACCAAAUGUGGACCAUCUUAUUGGAGAAGAGUUUGCUUGACAGGGGAGAUCACUCUCAAGAGUUAGCUCAGGUUUUCUCUGAUGGGAGAGUGGAACUGUAUAGAAUUAUUAACCACUACACAGAGAAGAGGAUAUUUGAUGAACGGGACAAGUUUGACAGAAAAUUGAAGGAGUGGAAUGAGAAGUGUAAAAAGUAUGUGUCAUGUCAGGAAAUAUACAGCAGGACAUAGUCUAUCUUUAAUGAACACAGUUUUUCCUUCUUUCGACCUGCAUGUCCAAAACUUGCACUCAGUGAAAAUAUUCCAUGAUCUGUAUGAAUGGAACACACAAUCAGCUUUAGUGACAGCAUAGGUCAAUGAUAUGCAUAUGAAUGAUAUGGUCUCUGAUGUACAUAGUCUAUCUUUAAUGAACACAGUUUUUCCUUCUCUCGACCUGCAUGUCCAAAACUUGCACUCAGUGAAAAUACUCCAUGUUUGUGUAUGAAUGGAACACACAAUCAGCUUUAGAGAGGCAGUGUUGGCCAGGGAAUGGUACGACUAGUAACACAUGUCACUGAGAGCAUACUUAUUACAUCUUGACCUCAUCACUGUGGAAAUAUGAGUUAUACUAUCCAUAUAUACAAUGGUGGUGACUUGAUGUGUUUGUGCUGUAUGUACUAAGAUGGAUGCUGAUGUUAAAACUGCCAGUCAGUUUUGUUUGUAAUAUGUUUUGUUUUUUGUUUUUUUGUUUAACACCGCACUCAGCAAUAUUCCAGCUAUAUGACGGUGGUCUGUAAAAAAUCGAGUCUGGACCAGACAAUCCAGUGAUUGACAUUCACAGAAUUACCACUUUUGAAGGCAUCAAAAACAUACCUAAUGGGCUGAUUAACGAAUGAAAUUUGUAUGUUUAUUAUCCCCCACCACGAAGUGGCAGGGCGAUAUGGGAAUGGGUGUUGUCUGUCUGUCCUUCCGGCCAUCCAUCACAUUUCCUUUCAGGAGCAGAACCAAACUUGACACAUAGGUAGGUCUAGUGGUAAACUGGUGCCUUUUGAUAGUUUGGGAUUUAAAAAAAAAAAUAGUUUUCGAAUUUCCAUGGCGACAUCUUUGAUUUAUAUUUUUGAAAAUGCUC